AUGGAUCCUUUUGUGGUCCUGUUGCUCUGUCUCUCUUUUUUGCUUCUCUUUUCACUCUGGGGACAGAGCUCUGGGAGAGGGAAGCUCCCUCCUGGCCCCACUCCUCUUCCUAUUAUUGGAAACAUCCUACAGAUAAGUGUUAAGGACAUCGGCAAAUCUUUCAGCAAUCUCUCAAAAGUCUAUGGUCCUCUGUUCACCGUGUAUUUUGGCACGAAGCCCGUAGUGGUGUUGCACGGAUAUGAGGCAGUAAAGGAAGCCCUGAUUGAUAAUGGAGAGGAGUUUUCUGGAAGAAGCAUUUUCCCAGUAUCUCAAAGAACUUCUAAAGAUCUUGGAAUCAUUUCCAGCAAUGGAAAGAGAUGGAAGGAGAUCCGGCGUUUCUCCCUUACAACAUUGCGGAAUUUUGGGAUGGGGAAGAGGAGCAUUGAGGACCGUGUUCAGCAAGAAGCCCGCUGCCUUGUGGAGGAGUUGAGAAAAACCAAGGCCUCACCCUGUGAUCCCACUUUCAUCCUGGGCUGUGCUCCCUGCAAUGUGAUCUGCUCCGUUGUUUUCCAGAAUCGAUUUGAUUAUAAAGAUGAGAAUUUUCUCACCCUGAUGAAAAGGUUCAAUGAAAACUUCAAGAUUCUGAGCUCUCCAUGGAUCCAGUUCUGCAAUAAUUUCCCUCUCCUCAUGGAUUAUUUCCCAGGACCUCACAACAAAUUGUUUAAAAAUGUUGCUCUUACAAAAAGCUAUAUUUGGGAGAAAAUAAAAGAACACCAAGCAUCACUGGAUGUUAACAAUCCUCGGGACUUUAUCGAUUGCUUUCUGAUCAAAAUGCAGCAGGAAAAGGACAACCAAGAGUCUGAAUUCACUACUGAAAACUUGGUUGGCACUGUAGCUGAUCUAUUUGUUGCUGGAACAGAGACAACAAGCACCACUCUGAGAUAUGGACUCCUACUCCUGCUGAAGCACCCAGAGGUCACAGCUAAAGUCCAGGAAGAGAUUGAUCAUGUAAUUGGCAGACACAGGAGCCCCUGCAUGCAGGAUAGGAGCCACAUGCCUUAUACAGAUGCUGUCAUGCACGAGAUCCAGAGAUACAUUGACCUUGUCCCCACCAGUGUGCCCCAUGCAGUGACCACUGACAUUAAGUUCAGAAAUUACCUCAUCCCCAAGGGCACAGCCAUAAUGACAUCACUGACUUCAGUGCUGCACAGUGACAAAGAAUUUCCCAAUCCUAAGACCUUUGACCCUGGCCACUUUCUGGAUAAAAAUGGCAACUUUAAGAAAAGUGACCACUUCAUGCCUUUCUCAGCAGGGAAACGAAUUUGUGCUGGAGAGGGACUCGCCCGCAUGGAGAUAUUUUUAUUCCUAACCACAAUUUUACAGAACUUUAAUCUGAAAUCUGUUGGCGAUAUAAAGAACCUCAAUACUACUUCAGCUAGCAAAUCAAUUGUUUCUUUGCCACCCCCGUACCAGAUCUGCUUCAUUCCUGUCUGA